CAAGUCAAUUUCAGAAAUCUCAUCAUCUAUCUUACGAUUCCCCCCUCAUGAUCCGACCCAUGAACACCGAAACCCAUAAAUAAUCUGAAUCGGACUCGGAUCGACCGGCCCAUCAAUGCAAAGGGUUUUAGCCGGGUAAGCAUUUCCAAUACCCAAAAACCCUGAAAUUUUUUCUUCCUUACAUUUCUAAAUUUCUCUGUUUUCUUACGAAAAUUUCAAUGAUUAAUUGUAGGAAAUUGAACCCUAGAACUCUCAAUUCACUCACCAGAAACCCUAGUUCUAGUUAUACCUCUUCAUUUCACUCUUUCAAUUCAAAAACCCCUAAUUUGUACACAGUUGAACUGUAUUCAUGUUGCAAAAGCUUCAGUUUUUUGAGCUCCAUAAUGGGUCUCAAUUCAAUUUCCCAAAGGCUUUCUCUACCAAAAGACCCUAAUUUUGUCAGCCCUAGUUUUAGUAGAAAUUACUGCUCUGUGAAGAACAGUGAUGGUGGGAAUGGUGAGUGGACUGAGGAGAUAGAAUAUUUGGAUGAAUCAGGGAGUGUUAUUUACAGUGGGAAAGGUGUGAGGUCAGUUGAGCCUGGUGUUGAUGACCAUGUGAUGGUGGGUGGGAUAAAGAAGCCAUUUUUGAAUGCUUCUGCUGUUGCUAAGAUUGUUGAGGUUGUGAAGAGGUGGAAAUGGGGACCUGAGUUGGAGACCCAGUUGGAUAAACUACAAUUUGUACCAACAAUGACUCACAUUACUCAAGCCUUGAAGGUUGUUAAGGAUAGUGAUGCUUGUUUGAGUUUGUUUAGAUGGGCUAGGAGGCAGCCAUGGUAUUUGCCAAAUGAUGAGUGUUAUGCGAUGCUGUUUGAUGGGUUAAACCAAAAUAGAGAUUUUGAUGGAAUCCAAUUGUUGUUUGAUGAAAUGGUUGGUGAUUCUAGUAAUAAUGGGAUUUCAUCAUUUACUGCGUAUAAUCGGGUAAUUCAGUAUUUGGCUAAAGCUGAGAAAUUGGAGGUGUCAUUUUGUUGUUUUAAGAAGGUUCAGGAUUCAGGUUGUAAAAUUGAUGUCCAAACAUAUAACUCUCUUAUUACAUUGUUUUUGAAUAAGGGUUUGCCUUAUAAGGCAUUUGAGAUAUAUGGAAGCAUGGAAGCAGCAGGGUGUUUGUUGGAUGGGUCAACUUAUGAGUUGAUGAUACCAAGUCUGGCGAAAUCAGGCCGUCUUGAUGCCGCUUUCAAGCUCUUCCAGGAGAUGAAAGAGAGGAAUUUUCGGCCUGGCUUCAGUGUCUUCUCAUCACUUGUUGAUUCAAUGGGCAAAGCUGGGAGAUUGGACACCUCAAUGAAGGUGUACAUGGAAAUGCAGGGUUAUGGGCUCCGAUCAUCUGCUACUAUGUAUGCUUCUUUGAUUGAGUCAUAUGUGAAGGCCGGGAAGUUAGAUGCUGCUCUUAGGCUUUGGGAUGAGAUGAAGAAAGCAGGGUUCAGGCCUAACUUUGGGCUGUACACAUUGAUUGUUGAGUCGCACGCAAAAUCAGGGAAGCUUGAUAUUGCUAUGUCUGCCUUUAAAGAUAUGGAGAAGGCUGGAUUUUUACCAACCCCAUCUACAUAUUCUUGUCUCUUGGAAAUGCAUGCAGCCACUGGACAAGUAGAUUCUGCCAUGAAGCUCUAUAACUCGAUGACGAAUGCAGGUCUGAGACCAGGUUUAAGUACUUAUACUGCCCUUUUGACGCUUUUGGCUAACAAGAAGCUUGUGGAUGUGGCUGCCAAAAUUUUACUUGAAAUGAAGGCCAUGGGGUAUUCUGUUGAUGUGAGUGCUAGUGAUGUUUUGAUGGUGUAUAUCAAGGAUGGUUCUGUUGAUCUUGCUUUGAGAUGGUUACGCUUCAUGGGUUCAGCAGGUAUUAGAACAAAUAAUUUUAUAAUCAGACAAUUGUUUGAGUCAUGUAUGAAGAAUGGUUUGUAUGAGUCAGCCAAACCUCUCCUUGAAACAUAUGUGAGCUCUGCUGCAAAAGUUGAUCUCAUACUAUACACAUCAAUUUUGGCGCAUCUUGUGAGAUGCCAGGAAGAGGAGAAUGAGAAGCAUUUGAUGUCUAUUCUUAGUGCUACCAAACAUAGGGCACACUCUUUCAUGUGUGGACUCUUCACAGGCCCAGAGCAGAGGAAACAACCGGUUUUAUCUUUUGUGAGGGAAUUCUUUCAGAGCAUCGAUUAUGAGUUGGAAGAGGGGGCUGCAAGGUACUUUGUCAAUGUUCUUCUCAACUAUCUUGUUCUUAUGGGGCAGAUAAACCGAGCUCGAUGUGUUUGGAAGGUUGCCUAUGAGAAUAAGCUUUUCCCAAAGGCAAUAGUCUUCGAUCAACAUAUUGCUUGGUCCCUUGAUGUUAGAAACUUGUCAGUGGGAGCUGCUCUUAUAGCAGUUGCACACACCCUCCAUAGAUUCAGAAAACGCAUGUUGUAUUACGGUGCUGUCCCAAGACGCAUUAAAUUGGUUACUGGACCUACCUUGAAGAUUGUGGUCGCACAGAUGUUGAGUUCAGUAGAAUCUCCUUUUGAGGUCAGUAAGGUGGUUCUAAGAGCCCCUGGAGAUUCUGUCAUGGAGUGGUUUAAGAAACCAAUUGUUCAACAAUUUCUUCUAAAUGAGAUUCCAUCAAGGUCUGAUAUCCUCCUGCACAAGCUGAACACACUUUUUCCCAGUUCAGCACCUGAAAUUAGAUCUCUGUCUCCUCCCAAGCCUCUAAUUGCAAGGAGAGCAAUGUAAACAUAUCUGAUAUCAGUUAUAGGCCUUGUAUUUGCGAAAUAAAACUGUCAAGGCAGGCUGGGAAGUUGUGACAACUGCAGGUCAAAACUCUCCCCCAGCCCCAAUUAAAUUUUUGAAAGAGGGGAAUACAAAUGAAAUCUGCUUCUCCUGGAUGCCUUACCUCAUAAGGUGGCAUUUGACUCAUUGUGCCUCAGCUGCUUUAUAUCAAGAUGCAUAUCUUUCUGUUUGUUGCUUGGCCCAUGACACUAAAUUGGCCUGCCCCACAACUUCCAAAGUCUGUGUUCUUUUUCUUCUGUUACUCUGUUCAAGAGUGAAGUUGACAACUUUUUCUCUGCACUCAAGACUGCCAAAGGCCUGUUCUUUAUUGAGUCAAAUAUAGCUGCAGCUACUGACGAUAAGCAAGUUACUCCUAUUGGAUUUGACAAUAUUUCCUGAUAUGAUUGAGUAUGCCAAAAAUUUGGAUUUGAAUAUCCCUGUAGGGGCAACAAAUUUAGAUGCUUUGUUCCACAAGAGAGAGUUGGAGCUUAAA